AUGCCUCCCAGAAUACCAAUCUCGCAGGUCACAAGAUGCUGCCGGACCUCAAUUGAGCGACGGGGCGUCCCAGGGACCGCGAGCACCCCGCUCGCUUCACUGUUCGCUGCGCUCUCGAUACAGCAGGUGCCCGCACAACCGGCGAGGUCGCAAGCACGGAGCGCAUCCAUCCUCGCCAACCUCCGCGACAACAAAGGGGCAUACAACAAGCGUAUCCGAAAAGGUCGUGGUCCAUCCUCCGGCUACGGCAAGACGUCCGGCCGCGGUCACAAGGGUCAGGGUCAGCAUGGCCACGUGAAGCCUUGGUUCCAGGGUGGGCAGACGCCCUUGAUCUUCAAGCAUGGUUCAAGGGGCUUCGUGAACCACCGCAAAGAAGUAAUGUCCGAAGUCAACCUCGACCGCCUGCAAGCCUGGAUCGACGCGGGCCGCAUCGACCCGACAAAGCCCAUCACGCCUAAGGAGAUCAUCCAGUCGGGCCUGCUGGGGCGCGCAAAGGACGGCGUGAAGCUACUGGCGCGCGGGUCGACGGAGCUCCGCUCCCCGCUCGAGAUCGUGGUGUCGCGCGCGUCCGCGUCCGCGAUCGAGGCCGUGGAGCGCGCGGGCGGCAAGAUCGUCACGCGGUACUACACCAAGGACUCGAUCAGGCGGCUGCUAAAGGGCCGGAGCGUCAACACGGCGGAGCCGCUGCCCGUGGGAGAGCACCACGUCCAGGAGGUGCUGGAGAGGGCGAGGGCGAGCCCGUUCACUUACAGGCUGCCGGACCCGACGAGCCGGUGGGACAUCGAGUACUACCGCGACCCGGCGCACAGGGGUUACCUGAGCCACCGCCUGAAGCCGGGUGAGAGUCCGUCGCUGUACUUUAAGGUGCCGGGCGAGCAGGUCGCGAAGAGGGCUGCUAAGGCGGAGAAGGAGGAGGAGGGUGAUACGACGCUGUUCUGA